CGCCCUGUCAGAAUGUUGAGGCCCCGCCCUUUCGUUCAACUUCAACUCAACCAAGCAACGCCUUUACGGAUCAAUUUGUCAAUAGAAUAGCGCAUAUCCGCAUCCAUCCUCCCCACUCGUUCAACGUUCAACAUCGAUCGCCGACUCAAUCCUUGUCCCUUUGAAUUGGUUCUAUCUAGACGAGCGGUCAAUCGAGCCCGCUCAUCUCGCCCAUCGAUCCGUCGCUUCCCGCGCAUCACUUGCGACCCAUAAGGAGUCUGUUGGAAAAUAUUGGACCACGAGGCUCUAGGAUAUUGUCGGACGGAAGUCGAGGAAAUUCGCCGGAUCCCAAUAUGUCGUCCGCUCCGACCGCAGACAUGACCCCCGCGGAGGCUGAGUCCGUCUACUUCAACAACUACCCCCCUCCCAAAGCUCUUCCGAAGCACGAGGCCCUGGCGCGCGCCUUCGUGGACUUGCAUGUCCAAGCGGGCCGGCGACUGGUCCUCGUCACUUCCGGAGGCACCACCGUUCCUCUGGAGAAUCAAACCGUGCGCUUCAUCGACAACUUCAGUGCCGGCACUCGCGGUGCCGUGUCGGCGGAGUACUUCCUGCAACAGGGCUAUGCCGUCAUUUUCCUCCACCGUCAGUUCAGUCUGCUGCCAUACUCGAGACACUACAGCCACUCGACCAACUGCUUCCUCGAUUUUAUGGACGAUGACGAGUCCGACUCGGAAGACGGCCCGGUCGUGGUGUGCAAGGAAUACCAGGAUCAGAUGCGCGACGUGUUGCGCAAGUACAAAUACGCCAAACGAAACAACCUCCUCCUACUCCUCCCCUUCACCACCGUCUCCGAGUAUCUGUUCGAACUGCGGUCGCUGGCGCAGCUGAUGAAGCCCCUGGGGCCCCACGCCCUAUUCUACCUGGCGGCAGCGGUGAGCGACUUCUUCAUCCCCCGCGAUCGCAUGUCGGAGCACAAGAUUCAGUCGUCGGAGUUACCGAGCCACCUGAAAAGCAGCAGCCAGGGCGAAGAUUCGUUGGACAUAUACACCGGAGGACUGGAGCCGCAGCCGGUGCCGAACCGGAGCAAGAAACUGGUCAUCGACCUGGACCCGGUGCCCAAAUUCCUCCACCGGCUCGUGGACGGCUGGGCACCGGAUGGAAGCAUGGUGGUCUCCUUCAAGCUGGAGACGGACCCCAAUCUGCUGGUGUACAAGGCGAAAACCGCCCUGGAACGGUAUGCCCAUCACCUGGUGAUUGGCAACCUGCUGACGACGCGGAAAUGGGAGGUGGUGUUUGUCACGCCGGAGCCUCCGUAUGAGCGUUGGAUCCGAGUGCCCAAAUCGCGGCGCAGCAAGAGCAUUUCCGGUAGCGAAGACCAGGUCGGGUUGGCCGAGGCGGCCAAACAGCGGGCGGGCGAAGCCGCGCUGACGGGAGAAACCAUCCCCGAGGUGGUCACCACCGCGGAAGAGGGGGUCGAGAUCGAGAGUCUGAUCAUUCCUGAGCUGGUCAAGUUGCAUUCCAACAAGAUUGCCCAGUACGGUCGGUCGGCAUAA